GCCGAGUGGAACAUCAUGUGCCGCGAAUGCUGUGAGUACGACCAGGUGGAGUGCGCGUGUCCUGGGGGCAAGGAGGUCGUGGGCUACACCAUCCCCUGCUGCCGGAAUGAGGAGGACGAGUGUGACUCCUGCCUGAUCCACCCCGGUUGCACCAUCUUCGAGAACUGCAAGAGCUGCCACAAUGGCUCCUGGGGAGGCACCUUGGACGACUUCUACGUGAAGGGGCUGUACUGUUCGGAGUGCCGCGCCGGCUGGUACGGCGGGGACUGCAUGCGCUGUGGCCAGGUUCUGCGCGCCCCGCAGGGCCAGAUUCUGCUGGAGGGCUACCCCCUGAAUGCGCGCUGUGAGUGGACCAUUCAUGCCAGGCCCGGGUUCAUCAUCCAGCUGAGGUUUGUCAUGCUGAGCCUGGAGUUCGACUACACGUGCCAGUAUGACUUCGUCGAGGUCCGGGACGGAGAUGGCAGCGAUGGGCGGAUCAUCAGGCGCUUCUGUGGCAACGAGCGGCCAUCCCCCAUCCGCAGCACGGGCUCCUCCCUCCACAUGCUCUUCCGCUCUGACGGCUCCAAGAACUUCGACGGCUUCCAUGCCGUGUUUGAGGAGGUCACAGCCUGUUCCUCCUCCCCGUGCAUGCACGAUGGCACUUGCGUCCCAGAUGGAGCUGGGUCCUACAGGUGUGCUUGCCUGGCGGGCUACACUGGGCGGCGCUGCGAAGACCUCCUUGAAGAGAGGAACUGCUCGGACCCCGGGGGCCCAGCCCAUGGGCACAGGAGGGUCACAGGGGGCCCUGGGCUCGCCGAUCGACACCACAUGAAGGUGGGCACUGUCCUCACCUUCUUCUGUAACGGCUCUUACGUCCUCAGCGGCAACGACCAGAGGACCUGCCAGCAGAGCGGGGAGUGGUCCGGGAAACAGCCCAUCUGCGUCAAAGCCUGCCGAGAACCCAAGACCUCAGACCUGGUGAGGAGGAGAGUCCUUCCAACGCAGGUUCAGUCGAGGGAGACGCCGCUGCACCAGCUGUACUCCGCGGCCUUCAGCAAGCAGACGAUGCAAGGCGCCCCCACCAAGAAGCCCACCCUUCCCUUCGGAGACCUGCCUGCCGGCUACCAGCACCUGCACACCCAGCUGCAGUACGAGUGUGCCUCACCCUUCUACCAACGUCUGGGCAGCAGCCGGAGAACGUGCCUGAGGACGGGGAAGUGGAGUGGGCGGGCCCCGUCCUGCGUCCCGGUCUGCGGGAAAAUCGAGAACAUCACUACUCCGAAGACCCCAGGGUUGCGCUGGCCGUGGCAGGCAGCCAUUUACAGGAGGACCCAUGGGGCGCAGGACAGCAGCCUGCACGGUGGAGCGUGGGUCCUGGUCUGCAGCGGCGCCCUGGUGAACGAGCGCACCGUGGUGGUGGCUGCCCACUGUGUCACCGACCUGGGGAAGGUGGCCGUGAUCAAGACAGCAGACCUCAAAGUCAUCUUGGGGAAAUUCUACCGGGACGACGACCGGGAUGAGAAGACCAUCCAGAGCUUGCGGAUCUCCGCUGUCAUCCCGCACCCCAACUACGACCCCAUCCUGCUGGACGCCGACAUCGCCGUCCUGAAGCUCCUGGACAAGGCCCGCCUCAGUCCCCGUGUGCAGCCCAUCUGCCUGGCCUCCAUGCGCGACCUUAGCGCCUCCUUCCAGGAGGCCCAUGUCACAGUGGCCGGCUGGAACAUCCUGGCAGACGAGAGGAGCCCCGGCUUCAAGGACGAGGCACUGAGCUCGGGGGUGGUCCAGGGGGUGGACUCGCUGCUGUGUGAGGAGCAGCACGAGGACCGAGGGGUCCCUGUGAGCAUCACUGACAACAUGUUCUGCGCCAGCCGGGAUCCCGCCGCCCCUUCUGACAUCUGCACUGCAGGCACGGGCGGCAUUGCGGCUGCAUCCUUCCCAGGGCAGGUGUCCCCUGAGCCCCGCUGGCACCUGGUGGGACUGGUCAGCUGGAGCUAUGACCGCACAUGCAGCCAUGACCUCCCCACGGCCUUCACCAAGGUGCCGCCCUUCAGGGACUGGGUCGAGCGGAACAUGAAGUGAGCGGCAUCUGCCCGUGGGCGCGUGCUGCAUGGUCAUGUGGACUGGUGGGCGUGCCGCCAUGAGCUCGGCUGUUUCGGGUUUAUGGUUUCAGGGAUAGCACUCAGGGCCAGGGAGAGCGGUAUCUGGUGGUCACUGCCUCCCUGGCUGCCUAGAUGGCCACUUGGAAGACGGCUUGCAGGGGCACUUCUUCAGAGAAGACCCUGAGAACACAGACCUUCCCGGCCUCCCAGGGCACAGUGGAGAGGGGGCUGGCAGGGAGGCCGGGCUUCUUGAGGCCUCUUGGGAGGCUGCGUGCUCCAGAAUGCCGCCUGCAGGACUGCCCAGCUGUGAGCUCGGGGUGGCUUGGGGCUGGCGUGGGCUUCUGUGGCCAUGGCUGCCGUGUACGUGGUCCUUCCCUCCCCAUCUCUUGUACAC